AUCUCAAUUUUAUAUUGUAAAAACGUGUGUUAGUGUUGGCAACUUUUGGACUUACAGGGAUUUGUCUUUAUUCCUUUCAAUAUUAUUUAACACGAUAAAGAGAGAAAAACUCUUUAAAAAAACUUUUGUAACUACCUAAUGUUAAGAAGAUUAUUAUAAUAAAUUAUGAGUGAACAUGGAGAUAAACAAAUUAUUGGCGCUGAAUUCACUUCAUCAAAUGAGGACUGCCCACCACAGGACUCAAUGAUGGAAAUGCCUAAGGAUACAACGGUCAUUCCAUUAUCUGUGGAUCAAGAUACAACAGCCACAGAAUUACCAGUGCCUAGUGAUAAAAAAGCCACUAAGUUACCAGUGCAUAAGGAUACAACAGCCAAUGAAUUAUUUUUCAAUCAAGAUUUAUUAACCACCACUGAAUUAGCUGGAAACCAAGAUACAAUUUCCAUUGAAAUACCGGUGCCUAAAGAUAUAACAGUAACAGCCACUGAAUUACUCGUGAGUCAAGCUGCAACAAUCACUGAAUUACCUGUGAGUCAAGCUGCAACAGCCACUGAAUUACCCUUGAGUCAAGCUGCAACAGCCACUGAAUUACCUGUGAGUCAAGCUGCAACAGCCACUGAAUUACCUGUGAGUCAAGCUGCAACAGCCACUGAAUUACCUGCGAGUCAAGCUGCAACAGCCACUAAAUUACUUGUGAGUCAAGCUGCAACAGCCACUGAAUUACCUGCGAGUCAAGCUGCAACAGCCAAUGAAUUACCUGUGAGCCAAGCUGCAACAGCCACUGAAUUACCUGCGAGUCAAGCUGCAACAGCCACUAAAUUACCUGUGUGUCAAGCUGCAACAGCCACUGAAUUACCUGCGAGUCAAGCUGCAACAGCCAAUGAAUUAUCUGUGAGUCAAGCUGCAACAGCCAAUGAAUUACCAAUUGGUCAGGAUACAACACAUUUGGAUGGACCUUAUGGCCCACAAUGCUUGGUAGACAAAAUCGACUCUUCUGUAGAGCUAAUACUUAUAGAUGAUGACCCAUCAGUUGAUGCCUCUCUUAUCGAUGAGUCUACAGGCAUUGAGAGUGGUGGUUUAAAUAGGUAAAUUGUUUGGGCUUACAAUAAGAAACAAUGUUUAGAAAAUCAUUAAAUUUUUUAAAACAAUAGCCUACAUGCAAAAAGCAAGAAAUUAUAGAACUAUAUCAUAGUAUAUUACUUACUUGUUUACGAAGCUAUUAACUUAAAUAUCUAGCGUUAUGAAACCAAUGAGAUGAGUUUGUAUUAAGGAUGCUUAGCCUGCUGCCUUGCACAGCAAAAAUAUAAACAUGACGACGACAACAUGUGGUAAUGUCAUAAGUAAACUUGGGUUUUAUUUAAAAGGGUUGAUGCUUAAGCAGGCCUAAUCAGUACCAGUAACCGAGUAGGCCUGAUUGGCACCAGUAGCUGAGUAGGCAUGUAGGCAAGAACCCAGGGGAGUUAGGUCAUUUUUUAAUUUCUAUAAUUUAUUUAUAUUAAAUUAUUAGGUGGCAUUAUUUAUUAAUUAGAGGGCUUGCCAAACAAAAAGAACAUCUUACUAAAUUUGAGACAUCUUUUUUCAGAAAUUUCAUUCCCUAAAAGCAUAUCCCUAAAGGCUUAAUAGAAAUUAAUGUUAUCAACAGUGAAUUUUAUAUCUCCUUUAAGUAAUCAUUAAAAUGAUAUUUAAAAAAAAAAAAACUACCUUCAGAAUUUCCAUUAAAGUUAUUAUGAUUAUGUCUUUUUUUAAAAUCAGGUCACAAAAGAAUACAGUGUGUGAACUGUGUGGAUCAACAGUAGCCAUCUACACUUGCCCUGGGUGUCAUGUGAAGACAUGCUCUUUGCCUUGUGUUAAAGAACACAAAAGAAGGUUCUUCUGUAAUGGGGAGAGGAAAAAGACUGCUUUUGUUGACAUCUCUGAAUAUUCAGAGAGCCAUAUGCUAAACGGUGAGCUCUUUCAGCUGAACAGACAUGGUUCAUUUCUCAAUACUUUAAAGUUUGUUACAAAAAGAACUUAUAAAAAAAAUUAGUUGAUUUUAAGCUCUUUUCUGUAUCAAUAAAAAUGUUUUUUUUACAUACCUUGAUUCUCUUCCUACCACUUAAUCAUUUCUCUGUUUGUGCCUUCAGAUUACAGGUUCUUGGAAGAUGCCAAUCGACAAGUAUACAGUACUAAAGCUGACGCAGGCAAUAAGCGCAAACACAACUUUGGUGGGCCAAAUCAUUUAACCAAGAGAGUAAGAUUAAAAAAUAUAUAAUAUGUGCUAGAGUAGGCUAUUUUAAAGUAAUUUAAAUUAAGUAAUCCACACAGCAGACCUUAGAAAAACAUAAAUUAAACUGUUUCAAGAUUUCACAUUGCUUUUCAUUUUGUUUAUUUAAAUAAUUUCUCAUUGAGGACUAUUCUUGAUCUACAAACAUUUAUUAUACCACUCUCCUGACUUGAGCUUAGCAAAAAUCUCUUUUGAAAAUUUUGAAUUGGCCCAAGCACAAGGGGUGAAUGUUUGCAAAAAUUGUUUGUGUCAUGUAAUUCGAACCAGCGAUCCCACUUAUUCUGUCUUUAUCCAAACCCAACCAGAGUGAUAUUUCGGUCUCCCAUAUCUUGCCCUAGAUCAACACUCUGUAUAUAAAAAUGUGUUCUAAACACUUAUUUCAGGGUUUACUACAUGAAUUCAGAAAGUUUACAGUAAUGAGUGCGCCAAUGUUAUUGUUAUAAUUUUUUUUAAUAGAAAGGACAUAAUUGCAAAAAAAUCGCUAUUCCUAAGGACUCAAACCAGAGCAGGUUGAUCAUAAUUUAAAUAAUUCAAGGGAUUAUUAUCCUGUUAUGAAAAUUAUUAUAAUAAAAUAAAUAGAUAUGGACAAUCGAUUGACUAGUGUAAAUGAUGGCAUUUCUGGUUUGAGAAUUAAAGAAACGAUACAAGGUUUACCCCCAUUCCUAUCACUGGUUUUUAUGAAAAUCAGGGGUGGGAAAAUGACCUACUAUGCUAUUCUACACCUAUUCUAAGACAGUUUUCUCCCUGUGAUAUGUUUCGUUUGUCUUUUUUUUGCUAGGUGCCCAGGGGCAUGGGUAUAUUAUGACCAAGGAUUCAAAUUCAAAGGGUUAAUUCAUUGCUGUCAUCAUCACCCAAAAUUUUUCUAUGGAAAAUUAAAAAAUCCAUCCAUGUAUUCUAGUUACUCCCUCUUUGUUAUAAAGAGAUUUGAAAGUUUCAAGUUGUUGCCAUUUUGCUCAGAUGGGUAUUUUAUCACUUUGUUUAAUUAACAUUAAAUUUAAAGGUCUCAAGUGACUGAGAGCUCAUUUUAUAUAUGCAUAGAAAUUGGAGGGGAUCCCUUCAUAUCAUUUUUAAAUUUACUGAAUCACUUUUAACAUUUGUAAAUCAAGAACUCUGUGUAUCCACUUGAUGAACUUGUACAACUUUUCUGAUUUGCCUCAGAGACUCUUAUAAUGAUUCUAUUAAUAUUUUACCUAAGUUUAAAUAAUUUCUACUGUGUAUCGUCCUUUAUGUACGAAUAACUGCAUUGCUUAUUCCAGUGCAAGCUGCUGGUCAAUGCCGCAUAUAAGCGAGGUGUGAAGGUCCAGAUGGUUGCACAAGUCUUGACCAAACACAAGCUCAAUACCAGUUAUUACACAGUUAGGUAUGAACUCCUGUUUAUUAAUUUUGUUUUCCUGGUUAAGGGUUCUUAACUUUUUAUAAUACAGUGUGGAAGCAAACCUCAUAAUAAUAUGUUAUAGAUUGAGGCUAAUGAAUGAAGAGAUAUUUUUAACAUUCAGUUAAAAUCUUGAUGGAUUAGAAAUCUGCAUAAUUCCUCAUUAGUAUCCUUAAAACCCAACUAAGAACCAAUGUCUUAAGGUGUUAAAACUAAAAGAAAAAUGUAUUUAAAUGCAUUUAUGUUAGUCAAAACAUAUCCAUUAUUAUUUAAGCUCCACUUUGUAUGUUUGAUAUCCAAGCACACACUAAAUGUUCAAUCCAUUGUUCUAUGAUGUGUUGCAACAGGUUAGACCUACUCUCGUGGCACAUUGAGUGGCUGUUUGUGGCUUCCAACACAGUAGUCAAAGAUGAAAAGUGAGUUGUCAUUUGUUGGUAGUUAAUUGUUUGUGGCUUCCAACACAGUAGUCAAAGAUGAAAAGUGAGUUGUCAUUUGUUGAUCGUUAAUUGUUUGUGGCUUCCAACACAGUAGUCAAAGAUGAAAAGUGAAUUGUCAUUUGUUGGUCUUUAAAUGUUUAUGGCUUCCAACACAGUAGUCAAAGAUGAAAAGUGAGUUGUCAUUUGUUGGUCAUAAAUUGUUGGCUCUUGGAAUGCAUUUAAAGGUAAUAUAAAUUAAAAAUUUAUUUUAAUGCAACCAUUUAUCUUUUUUAUGAAGAUUUAUGUAAUCAAAUUGAGCAUAGAUAUUGUAUUCCUUUAGCAGUAGUCAGACAUUUUCGAAAUUUAAGCUCACAUUCAUAUUUUUCCAUUAAGAGUGCCAGAGAACACAAUUCUUAUCGAUGCUGCCAGGAAGUGGACUAAUGCUGUCAACCAUCCAGAGCUAAGGAAGCCACUAGAAGAUUACAAGAAAGAGAAUUUGGAUAAAAGCAGAUUUCUCUUGAAAGUUGACUGCCUUCCAGCCAACAGACAAAGGUGAUCUUCAAUUGUAAAUAAUAAAAUAUGUACCAGUGAGGUUUAACAGGGAAAAUCGAUAACAAAUUUUUAUACAAGACAGGAACCCCUCACUUAACAGCAUUUUUUGUUUAAAACCAAAAUCCGGCUAAUUUACGCUGACGGCCUAUAGCAGAGGUCAGUAUACUAUGGUUUAUCCGGCCUGACACCAGACCUGUUUACCCAUAAACUCUUAAAAUCGUACAAUAUCAUCACAAAAUCAUUCAAUACAUUAUCUUAAUAAUAAAAAACAAACAUGCAUUAUAUAUAAUAUAUACACCUCAAAAUCUUACAUUGUAUGCCAAAAUCGUAAGAGUAAACAGGUCUGUGGCAUGAGCUUAUUAAAAUAAAUUUUUAAUAUAAUUUUUUAUUUAAUAAUUAGUUAUCCAAAUAACUAAACAUGUGUCUUAAAGCAGUAUUUAUUUAUGCCCCUUUCCAGCCAGUAAGAUCACGAUGUUUCAGCUUCUUCUGAAUCUCCAAUUGAAAUAACUUCUAAGUUAGUACUGUAUAUAAUUUGGAACUUUCGUACUAACUAAAUUUGAACAACUGUUGAAUUUUAAGUUGAUGAGGGGUUGUUUCCCAUGAUGUGAAAAAUGUGCAUGCGAGUUUGUUCAAGGAGUGCACUCUGGCAUGAGACCACAGUUCCACCCCCGUUUUAAAGGACUUGAUACCAGUAGAAAAAAAGAAUUCUUUCAAAAUCUGUUCGAUUGUGUUUUUGAUAAGCUGCCACCUGAAAUUGGAAGUGAUAGAUAUGUUGAAAGACAGACAAAAAAGGAAAACUGAUAGAUUUAUAUAUGUGGCUCCCAAGUGGUCAAUUUGCUGAAUUUGCUUGUAAAUUUAUUUCAGUCUUGGCAAUAUCUAUUUGUGUGAGAAGAUAUUUUCAAAAAUGAAGUAUGUAAAAUAGCAACAGAGCAGUCAGAUGAAUCUUUGUAAACAGUUUUGAUCAUAGUAAUGACUUUGAGUAGUUUGAGCCAUAAUUAAAUGUCACUGUGUCGGAAAGCACUAACUUAAGUAGUACCGGUAAUUGAGAUCUUAGGAAAUAGGAAUGAUUAUUCCUGUUAAAGUUUGGAUUCAAUAAAGACCAAGAAUGCCGUAUGCUGCCUUAAGACUGUAGGUUGCCCGCCCCUGCUUUAGAGUGUUUCAGAAUAAAUAAAAACGAUUUAGGCUCUUUGCUUAGUGAGGAAUUCACUUUAUGAUGUAAUAAUUGCCAAAGAAGGAAUCAUGUGACGAGUGCCUGUCAUAACUUUAUUAUGUGUGUAUGAAAUUUAGAGAAUUGUAGUUGAGCUCCUACAAUAAAAGAUUAACUUUAAGAUAUUAGGGUUUGUCAUUUAAUGGCAAAAAUCGAUUAACAGGAUGUUUGGGCAUUCAGUUUGGCCACUCAUUAAAUAACGGAAAGAUCUGGGUGUUCCAUUUGGACAACUCUAAAAGCCGUUCGGUACCUCUGUGGUUAUUUAACAAAAGAUUUUUACAAAAAAAGUUUGUUAUUGCUUUAUAUAUGCUGCAAUAAAUUGUUAGAGUCAUGUUUUACAAAAAUCUUGUCUAAAAAUAGUAACAUUUACGUAAUGCCUUGUGACGUUUUCAUGUCUUAAAAAUGGCAAACACUGUUGUCAUAUACUAUUGGACUUUACCUUUGGAAAAAUUUUAGAAAAAAACAACUAUCUUUUUAUUUAUUCCAGUGAAAUCCCUUGACAUAUAUAUUUCAUGAUGAGAAUGUUUGUAAAAUAAGCUCUUCAAAUGUUUCUAAAAUUUUAGAUACUUUGAGAUGAAGUCCAAUCUGUCCCUUGCUGAAAACUUGAAAGGUCACUGCCUCACUGAGUUUCCCAUCAUUGCUGUUCUCCCACCAAGUUAUCCUAAGAGUGACGAAUUCAUCUUGUUUUCUUCAGGUAACGUUAUCCAUAGGUCAGACCUGAGUUGGAAUAUCAAGUUUCAUUGUCAGGAUUUUAUAAUUCUGCCUGUUUUGCACAUUUUUUUUAGUUGCACUUUUUUAAUCAAGAUAUAAUUUCCAUUAAUUAAUCUUUGUGCAAAGAUUUUUGAGGUGGAUUUUGCUUUUCAAAAACUGCCCAGGUUCAGGAUUUAGAUAAUAGAAAAUAAAGAUAUUAAUGCUAUCAGAUGCUUCCCUUGAUAUGGUCGACUGGUUUUCUAUUGCCCCAAGAAUGUUAUGUUUUAUUCUAUGUUGCCACAAAAUAAGAGCUAUCUGAUCAUUACAAUUUGCUCCCUCAGCUGACCUCCUGUUUAUGGACCCAGCCAAUCGACGCCAUGUGAUGACCAAUCUUAAAGGCAUGGACUUCCAGACUGAUCUCAUCGCUCAACUCAUGGAUCCCAAGUCUCACAUUUACUCCACCCAGCCAGAUGUCAUAGACAUGGACUAACAAAGGAUUUAAUCCACCAAGCCAGAUGUUGUUGAGAUUGAAGAAUAAAUUGUUGGUUUUUAGUAAAGCUAUGCCAUAUUUGUAAUAAAUCUCUCCUUGUUUGUUUGUUUUGUUUUUUUACAUCUUCUCCGAGU